CUCGGAUUUCCCCCACCUAUCAUGGCCAAGUGGUUUGUAAUUUAUGGAUGACCAAAUUCCUCCCAUAAUGUCCACAAGUGCCCAACCUGAACGUUUCUUUACCUUGGUAUCUUCAUUUCUGAAAAAUGUUUUCUUGUCCAUUCCCAAAGUGCCAGAUGAUGAACCCUUUGAUGCAGAAGUCCUCAACCACUUUAAGCUGUCUGGACUGCCAUCGGACGAUGUUCACAAAUAUUCCAAAGCAGCAGGUUUCAUUGCCCGGUGCUUCUACCCACACUUGAAUCGCGAGACGCAAUUAUCGAUUGGAGUGUGGACCGCGUACAUUUUCUCAAUGGACGAUCUAUGUGAGGGAACCGAGUUCAGGGAAAAAUUGAAGAAUCACCGUGACUACAUGUUUGGAAACCGUCAUGCCCAGUGGGCUUUUCUAGACGGUUUCUUCUCAUCUCUGCAUGAUCUGUGCGGCAGAUACGAGCCUUUUGUGGGAGAUAUGAUCACGAAGUCUUCUCUGGAUUACCUCAGUGUGAACGUCCUCGAAGUCGAACAAAAUGGGAAAUUCAAGGUGGAUUCUAAUACGCGUCUAUUUCCCGCGUUCCUCCGUCAGAAGAGCGCAAUCGGCGAGGCAUAUGCAUUCGCCAAUUUUCCAAAAGGCGCCUUCGAUAUCGCGUCUUAUAUUACCAUGAUUCCUGACUUAACUCUCGUUGUUGGGCACCUCAAUGAUGUGGUCUCCUUCUACAAGGAAUCAAUUGUUGGCGACGAGCAGGACACGACAAUGAUGCUUGUUUCUGCAGUCGAAGGGUGUUCGGCUUACGAAACACUGGAGAAGACUGUGGGCCAGUGUCUAGAUAGCAUCCAGAGGAUGCGUGCCACCUGUGUUGGUAAUGAAGACCUUCAGAAUGUGGUGAACAAUUUUGUGCAAGGAUUUGCUUUCUAUCAUCUAAAGUUACCUCGUUAUCAUUUGGAGGACUUUGGUGAUUACCGAGAGUGGCUAUCUAAAUGACAUUAAGUUUAUC